AUGAACGCAAUGAAUGACACCCCAUCGCCCGGCAGUCGCGUAGUCGUCGCAAUGAGCGGCGGCGUAGAUUCGUCGGUGGCGGCUUUGUUGCUGCACCAGGAAGGUUACGAAGUCAUCGGCGUCACCAUGAAGCUUUACGACAUCGAUCAGGCCGACCUGCCCGACUACUACCGCGGUUGCUGCACCAUCGACGACGUUGAAGACGCCCGCGCGGUAUGCCGUAUUCUGGGUGUGCCCCACUAUGUGCUGAACGUGCAGCGCGAGUUUCGCACCUUUGUAAUCGAUUAUUUCCAGAGCGAGUAUGAGAGCGGCCGCACUCCCCAUCCCUGCAUCGCCUGCAACGACAAGAUCAAGUUCAGUUUCCUGGCCCAGCGUGCCCAGUUGAUGAACGCCACCCACGUCGCCACCGGACACUACGCCCGCAUCGUAGCCGGCGGUUCCGGCGCCUGGGAGCUGCUCCGCGGCGUCGACGCCGGCAAGGACCAGUCAUACGUCCUGUUUGGAAUGCGGCAGGAUCAGUUGGCCUCGACGCUCAUGCCAAUCGGUCACUACCCCAAGGACGACAUUCGCCGGCUCGCCUCCGAUGCCAAUUUCCCCAACGCCGACAAGCCCGACAGCCAGGACAUCUGCUUCAUACCCACUGGCGAUUACCGCGAGUUUCUGCGUCAGCGGACGGACGAACACCCCGGCGACAUCGUUGAUCCGGCGGGUAACGUCCUGGGCCAACACGAAGGAAUCCAAUAUUUCACCGUCGGCCAGCGCCGUGGCCUGGGCCUCUCCGGUGGGCCGCCUCGUUUCGUCAUCCGGCUGGAACCGGACACCCGCCAGGUCGUCGUCGGCUCCGAAGAACAGUUGUACGGGGAUAGUUUCUACGCCGACCCGGUGUCCUGGGUAUCGGGAGUGCCACCCACCGGUGAACUCAGUGUCACAGUGAAAAUCCGCUACAAAUUUGCCGAAGCCCCGGCGACAGUUACCCCGGUCGGCUCCGGAGCAGUGGUACGUUUCCAUAACCCUCAGCGAGCCAUCACCCCCGGUCAGGCGGCGGUGUUCUAUCAGGGUGAUUCGGUGCUCGGCGGCGGCGUUAUCGCCGGGGGUAUUCCGCCGGAAUCGCCCGAACCUGCGGUGGGACGAACAGCGCCUGCCCAUGCCUGA